AUGACCAAGGCAACUCAUAUCAUUCGCUUCAUCGCGAACGAGGACAACAGAGUCCAUCUCGGUCAACUCGUAGACACCAGCCGAGAUGUCGGUCUCGACACUUUUGAGGGCAAGAAGGUUGAGGCAUACCUGAUCAAUGGCUCGAUCUUCACGCCUGAAGUCACAUCGAUCGUCUACACUGUCAAGCAACUGUUGUCGCCCGUGUCAAGAGAAGACUGCAACUAUAUCCGGUGCUUGGGUCUGAACUACAAGGACCAUGCGAAUGAAGCAAAGAUGGCCCUCCCUAAAGCCCCCAUCCUCUUCACGAAACCCCGUACUGCCCUCGCCGACCCAUACCCAGCCGUCAUCCCCGUCCCCAAGGCCGCACAGGAUGGAACUUCGGAUUACGAGGCGGAACUCUGCGUCGUGAUUGGCAAGACUGGUCGUGACAUUCCAGAAGAGAAGGCCCUCGACUACGUUCUUGGAUAUACCUGCAGCAACGACGUUUCGGCCCGAACAAUGCAGAUGUUGACCACACAAUGGUCGUUCUCCAAGGGGUUGGAUGGAAGUUGUCCUCUCGGACCAGUCUUGGUCACCAAGGACGUCAUCCCUGAUCCCCAGACUCUUACGAUCAAGGCCAUCUACAACGGACAGACUGUUCAAGAUGGCAACACCAAGGAUAUGAUUUUCGAUAUCAAGAAGCAAAUCAGCUACCUGUCCCAAGGAACUACCUUGGAGGCUGGUACCAUUUUCUUGACCGGUACGCCUGCUGGUAUUGGAUUUUUCCGUCAACCCAGAGUGGUUCUAGAGGACAAGGGGGACAUUAGGGUUGAGAUUGAGAAGAUCGGUACAUUGAUCAACAAGGUCCACUAUGAACAGUGGUGA